GUGCUCACAGCCCAAAGACAAUUGGAAAACCUGAAUGAUAUCCUCAAUAAGACAUUAGCCAAAUUGAGAAUCUUGAAUCUACCAAUGCCAUUGAGCGUUGGUGGACAGAAAAUCAAGGGUUCGUAACACAAACAUGGGGUUCCCACAAUAAGUCUAGUGGCUUGCAGUGGUUGAGCAGCAUGUAUUAUUGAUGUCUGUCUGUUCAAACCUAUUUUUUAUCCCACAGGUUAAGUAUAUGAGGGUGGAGUUCCCUUGUGUUAGGCACGGAUCUUUCCCUGGAUACUUGUUUAGGAGCCGCAGUAGUCAGUUGCCAGCAUUGUUACUUUCUUAUUUGACCAUUUCUCUGCGACUAUAUACUUCAACUGAUGCACUUCCAUUUUGCCUUGAUGUCAUCCACACAAAUUUCAAGAUGCAACUUCCCUCUCCUGAGAUCCUCGCCUCUUGGCCCAUCCCGAAUUAUGACAACCCUGAAACGCGAGGGUAUGGAGUACUGGUCGUCACUUCCAUACUGUUUCCCAUAGUUCUAUCCAUAAUACUCAUCAGACUCUACACUCGACUUGGAAUGUCAAAGACUUUUGGAUUAGACGACUGGCUCAUACUUGCCGCAAUGGUGCCGUCGACAGCAUUUGCUAUUCUCGCCAUUCUAGCAAAUAGAAAAUUCCACUUUAAUCGACAUGUAUGGGAUGUUCCACUGACUGAAGUUACCUUUGGUCUACAAUACGUCAUAAUCACACAAAUUGUUUUCACACUUGCACAGACUCUCACAAAAUGCUCUAUGUUGGCAUUGUAUUACCGAAUUCUGUCAAGCGGGCAGAAGUUCAAGAUUAUAACUAUCGCCGCUGCCAUUAUAAUUGCUAUCCAAGGCCUUAUAUUCAUCAUCGUUACAAUCUUUCAAUGCCGACCACCAUCUCAUUACUGGCUUAUAACGUUUGCUCCUCAGCCAGAAUGCAUUAAUGAGACUGUUCAUGUCACGGUUGCUGGAGUCAUAAAUACUGUAACUGACUUUAUUGUUGUUGUAUUCCCAAUCCCGAAAAUGCUCCAGUUGCAGAUGUCUCGACGUCAACGGAUCAUCAUUAUUGUCCUCUUCGGCGCCGGAUUUCUUGUCUGUGUAGCUGGAGCCGUGAGAUCAUACUACACUUACGUAGAAUUGGUGUCGCCGGAUAUAACAUGGAACACUUACUAUGUCUGGAUAAGUGGUACAGUUGAACUUUAUGUUGGCAUAAUUGGGGCGUCUAUUCCUGCCACCAAACCUUUCUUCACGCGUUACAUACCUUUUAUCCUUCCACGGUCUCUCCAUUCCAGCCGAAGUGAGCAGUAUGCUAUCUCCUCCUCAGUGGACAAAGGACCAUUCUCAGGAUCCACACCAAUUGCUACUCCAGGAUCCUCUCGUAAAUCUCAAACACCCUCACACGUUGAUCUUGAGUUAGGCGAUAUUCGAGAGAGGGAAAUGAGAUCAACAAGACGUUCAAGGAAUUUGGAUGCAAUUGAAGAGAUUGGAAGUGAUGCCAGCAUUUCGAGUUUUCUGAGAAUGGCAGCUGAGGGGGAAAGAAGGAGUAGUGAUGAAUGUAGAAACGACGAAAUCAGGACAGGAAAGAGAGAUAGUGAGACGAGACCACGAAGUGAAGAUGCCUUUCACUACGCGACGGAUUCCAAAGAUGAAUCAAUCGACGGAGGGGAUUUGGGUAUGGCAGCGCAUUACAAGCCGCGAUAUUCUGUGUGAAGAUUGGCGGGCUUAGUACAGUGGAAAGAGCAUGUUUGAAAAGUUAUAUCUAUCUAAAGGCGUCAAAGGGGCUUCAAAAGGAACGGACGAUUGAUGAAAUACCCAUCUCUCUGAGAGAUUGAGCAAUGCGAUUUGAUGUUUGCAAAAAUAUCGUUAUAUGGUAUUAUUUUGUGCUGGGAACAAUAUUCUACAAUGUAAAGAUUUAAACCA